AUGGCGUGGGAUCACCUUGAUAUCGACAAGCCGCAUCUGGCUUACAUGAUCCUCGGCGGUUUCACAGGUCUGUUCAUGCUGUGCUCCCUUUUCGUGAAGGAGAAACUGUACAUCGGUGAAGCUACCGUUGCCACACUUUGUGGUAUCAUUUUCGGCCCCCAUGCGGCCAAUCUAUUCAACCCGCACGAAUGGGGAAACAUCGAUAAAAUCACCCUUGAGUGUUCGCGCAUUGUACUUGUUGUACAAUGUUUUGCCGUCGGCGUCGAGUUGCCCAAGGCCUACAUGGAACGGCACUGGAAGUCCGUCACUCUGCUGCUGAUCCCCGUUAUGACUUUCGGUUGGCUGAUCACUAGUCUGUUCAUUUGGUGGAUGGUACCUCCACUAAACUGGCUGGAGAGUCUGGUGUGUGCUGCCUGCGUUACGGCUACCGAUCCUGUCUUGGCAUCGUCCGUCGUUGGUAAGGGAAAGUUCGCCAAGCGUGUGCCCAAGCAUUUGCGUGACUUGCUCUCUGCCGAGUCUGGGUGUAACGAUGGCAUGGCUUUCCCAUUCAUCUACCUAUCUUUCUACAUCUACCACUACCGACCCCAUGUCGGCGAGGUGUGGUUGAAUUGGUUCUGUAUCACUGUUCUUUACGAGUGUAUUCUGGGUGCCAUCUUCGGCUUCACCAUCGGCUACGUGGCGCGUCAUGCUAUCAAGCUGGCCGAACGCAAGGGCUUGAUUGAUCGUGAGAGUUUCUUGGUGUUCUACUUCGUGCUAGCCGUUUUCUGUGCUGGUUCAGGUAGUUUGCUGGGUAUGGACGACUUGCUGAUUGGGUUCGCUUGUGGUGUCGGCUUCAGUAAUGAUGGCUGGUUCACGGAGAAGACUGAGGAGUCUCACGUGUCUAACGUUAUUGAUCUUCUGCUGAACUUGGCGUACUUCGUUUACUUCGGAUCCAUCAUUCCGUGGGAGGACUUCAAUGCCCCCGAACUCGGUCUUACCCCGUGGCGACUGGUGGUGAUUGCGUUAUUGGUCAUCUUCUUCCGUCGCAUUCCUAUUAUGCUGUUGCUCAAACCGAUUAUACCAGACGUCAAAACGUGGCGUGAAGCUCUAUUUGCGGGGCAUUUUGGACCCAUUGGUGUCGGUGCUAUUUUUGCCGCUAUCCUCGCGCGAGCAGAACUAGAACACGAUACCACACAGCCGUUGCCUGAGAAUGAGCUCCCGGAGCCGGGGGCCAGCAAUUACUACAUCGUAAGACUUAUCUGGCCUAUUACUACCUUCUUGGUUAUUUCGUCUAUCCUGGUGCACGGCUCGUCUAUCGCGGUGUUCACUUUGGGCAAACGCAUUAACACAUUGACCAUUACCUUGUCAUACACCCAAGCCAACGAGGAAGGACCAUCAUGGAUGAACCGUCUGCCCCGUGUGCAGUCGAUUGCCAAGGGCUCUAUGUCAUUCCGCAAGGCGGAUGACACAGAUGCCUCCUCGGAUGAGAAGCUGCCUGAGUAUCCUCCUGGUACACUGCCGCCCAUUGGAAUGCCAGGCAACUUCCUUCGCCGACAGCGCGAUGAGGAAGAAGACGGUGAGGCGCAAAACCUUGAGACUACUCGUCGUAAGCCCCUGCGGAGACGCCGCCGCAAGCGCGAUACCGGCGCUGGAGGUCCUAUUAGCCAGUCUGCUAUCAUGCCAGCUCCCCGGCGCAACGAGAACGAGGUCGAGACCGGGGAGGAUAAGAAAGAACUGGAGGAGCGUGACCGCGUCGAGCGGGGAUCUUCUCCACCUCACGCUGAGCGGGAUCGCUUCGGCCGUGAGCCAGAGCUUGAAGUCUACCAAGAAGGUCACAACAUGGUCAUCGAAGACGAGGAGGGAAAUGUUCUCAAGACUGAGGAUACUUCCCACCUGUCUCCGGAAGAAAAGAUGCGCCACAUUGAGGAGCAGCGCAAGCGUCUCGAGCAUGAUAAAUCAGGCGAACUCGCAGCCUCUGAGAGUCGACCUCACGAGAAGACCGAAGGAGAAGAGAUCAAGCAGGCCGUUGAAGAAAAGACAAGUCUUUCGUACGGAGAUGCUCUCAAGAAAUGGACUAAUUGGACCGGACUAGGAAAGGAGAAGGCGAAGGACGCACCCGAGAGGAGGGAGAAGAAAGAGAAGGCUGAGAAGCCUCCUAAGGCCGAGUCUGCAAAGCCCAAGGCUCGUUCUGCCCAUGCGUACCAGUUUGGUAACACUAUUAUUGUCGAGGAUGAGGACGGUGAAGUGAUCAAGAAGUACACCAUUCCCGCUGGCGAGAAGGGUGACAAGGCUCAGAAGGAGCCCACUGUUCCUGGUCAAGCCCCAGUUCGCCGUGGCCUGAACCGUAUGGGAACUUGGUUCGGCAUGGAGGACGAAGGCGAAUCGUCCCAAGCUGCGAACGAGAAAAAGAAGAAGUCUCAAGGCCCUGACGAGUGGACUGCCGACGAUGGUCUGCGUUUCACCGUAGCCCAGGACCCCGAGGUCAGCUCCCACGGCAUCGGCCACAAGGGUAAGCGCAUGAACAAGCAGGAGUUCUUCCAACAAAUUAAGGGCUUGGAUGCCAAGGCUCGCCGCGAUCUGGUGCAGGAAACCGACGCUCCACCUCCCGUCCAAAAGGUGGCCAAGGAAGAGGCCAAGCAGGAAGAGAAGCAGGAAGAGAAGCAAGAGCGUCGUCUCUCUGCCGCUGCUGUCUCGGCUACUACUGGCACCAUUCCUGAAGAGGACGCCGAGGGUCUGGAAUCCGAGUCGGUCACUGACAGCGAGAGCGAGGAUGGGUCUGACGACCGUCGCGGUGCUCCCAACGUGGCUUCAUCUUUGGCCAAGUUCUCGCGUGGUGGUACCUCCGCCGCUCAAGAGCGUCGCAACAACCUCAGCCCUGCACCUCCUCUCCGCGAGCGACCUCGUCGUGAUUCCGAUGACGAUGGUACUGAGCGUAUCCCACCUUCUCGUCUGCGUCAAGCCGCCGGUUUGACCGUUCCUCCUCGUCAGGAUGACGACGACACAGGCGAAACACCCGCUGAGCGUCGCCGUCGUCUGGCAGCUCUGGGUGUGGAUGGGGGAGACUCCGAGGAAGACACCGACCUUGAAUCUGUCGAUGAUGAUGAGGCCGCUAUUGCGGAAUCUGACAUCGAAGAGGGCGGCGAGGCUAACCAAGCCACGCCCAAGACCCAGUUCGCCGAUGAUGGGAAACCAUCCGAGCAAGAGAAAUCCUCCCCAUCUGGCUCUGGAUCCGGUUCAGGCUCCCAAUCUGCCUCCCUCCACCGUCCCCGCGUCUCCUGGGGAGGCGAGAAGGGACGUAACCCUUGA